UUCUCCUCUUUCCUUAGCUCUUUCUAUCUGACCUCAGCAAUAAUGCAUAUGAACUUUCCAAGUAUCUUCUUUCAAAAAAGUGAGAAGACAAAUCCUUAUUCCCUUCCUACAAAUCCCAAAUACCCCAAACUUCUCUUUUCUUUCUUACUUGAAUUAAUUUCAAAUAAAAUGGAAGGAGACAGAAAGAGGGACUUUCAAAACCUUCACAAUGAACAAAAUGAUCUACCUUCUCAAACUAACCCUAAAAGAAUCUCCAGCAACUCUACUAUUCCUACAUCUGGGUUUGCUCUUCUUCUUCUUCUCUUUCUCCAACUUCUUCUCCUUUUUCUUCUCCUUCUUCUUCUUAAGGGUUUUCUGUGGUCAUUAAAUCAUGGGGUGUUUUUUGUUUUUCUUAGUUCUGAACCUGUGUCUGACAUUAUAGCUAAGAUUUUGUCCCAUCCAUUUUGGCCUCAAAUGGAAGCUUCUAUUCGUCGAGUGGUUACAGAGGAAUUCGAUAGCAAAUUUAAGUCUCACUUUCAUUUCCUUCCACCAAUUACAUCUCCAAGCAAUAUCCAAAGGAAGAAACGACCAAGUUUGAGUUAUGUUUUCUCAACCAAAUUGCUUCCACUAUUUUUACCAAGAAAGAGAUAGAAACGGGAAAUGGAGAUGUAUUACGCAUUGAUGUCAAUAAUUUCAAUGCCAUCGUCUCCGACGGUCCUUUGUCGAUGGCACAAAUUGAGGUCGUCGUCCUCGAUGGAGACUCAGAUGAGUUCAUCAACCAAAACAUUUUGUCUCAAAGGGAUGGGAAAAGACCAUUAAUUAUAGGAAAUGAUUUGAAACUUCAUCUCAAAAAUGGAGUUGGUUUCAUCAAGAGUUUGAGCUUUACUGACAAUUCAAGCUGGGUGGGAUCUAAACAAUUUCGAUUAGGAUUGAGAAUCGUGAAUGAGAAAAUUCUAGGCAAGUUUUCAAGAAUUAAAGAAGCUGUCUCUCAAAAAUUCAGAGUCUUGGAUCAUCGAGGAGAAGCGAACAAGAAGCAUCACCCUCCACAAAGGGAAGACGAUGUAUGGCGAUUGGAAGGAAUCAGAAGAAAUGGUGUUUAUCACAAAAUCUUGACUUCUCAAGGCAUUAAAACUGUUGAUGAUCUCUUAAAAACCAAUCUUGAAAAGGGUCCUCUUUACUUGACAAAGUUACUUAGUAAGAAUGUCUCAAACAAGAUGUAGAAUGCUUUGGAAUGUGUAACAAGAAAUGUCGAUCCUCUUGUCAACUUUGAUCGACGUUUUGAGGUUUGACGACUAAUUUCCUCUAUACACUUAAAGAUGUCGUCUGUUGGAUUGACUUUUGAAUACUUUAGAAAGUCAAUCCAAGCAAAUAUACUAAAAUGUUCAUAUUUUUCCGCUAAACCAUUUUUUUUUAGUUAUAGAAAGAUGCAAGAUUUGUUUGGAUUUGAAGGCAGGGGAAGUGAAGGUUUUGAAGGAAAUUUAGAGUAAGAGAGCAAAGGAAUUCAAAGGAUUGGAAUAAGUAAUUAGUUGCACAGAUAAUGUAACCGAGCUUUUACUAUUAUUCGUACAAUUUACGAUUUAUCCAUUGUUUAUGUAUAUCUAAUCUAAUCUAUACAUGUCAUUUAUGUUUUUUUUUUCCUUAUUUUAUUUUAUUCCAAU